ACGUCCCCAGCGCGCCACUGCAGAGCCAGUCCCUCAGUCCCCAGGGAUCCUCAGUCCCCAGCACUGCUCAGGGCAGCUGAUAGAACCAUGGCGACCACUGCCGCUGCUGCAUUCGAGGCCCUCAUGGAUGGAGUGACAUGCUGGGAUGUCCCCAGAGACCCCGUCCCCAGUGAACUCCUUCUUAUUGGAGAGGCUGCCUUCCCUGUGAUGGUGAAUGACAAGGGCCAGGUGCUCAUUGCUGCCUCCUCCUACGGCCAAGGCCGCCUCGUGGUUGUGUCCCAUGAGGGCUACCUGUUGCAUGCUGGCUUGGCUCCAUUUCUCCUCAAUGCAGUGAGCUGGCUGUGUCCCUGCCCUGGGGCUCCCAUGGGAGUGCAUCCAUCCCUGGCACCUCUAGUAAACAUCCUGCAGGAUGCUGGGCUUGAGGCACAGGUCAAGCCAGAACCAGGAGAGCCCCUAGGGGUUUACUGCAUCAAUGCCUACAAUGACACCAUGACUGCAACACUGAUCCAGUUUGUGAAACAUGGAGGGGGCUUGUUAAUCGGGGGCCAGGCCUGGUACUGGGCCAGCCAGCAUGGCCCUGAGAAGGUGCUCUCCAGGUUCCCUGGGAACAAGGUGACAAGUGUGGCCGGAGUGUACUUCACCGACACCUAUGGGGACAGAGACCGGUUCAAGGUCUCUAAGAAGGUGCCCAAGAUCCCACUCCAUGUCAGGUGUGGGGAGGAUGUCAGGCAGGACCAGCAGCAGCUCCUGGAGGGGAUCUCAGAGCUGGACAUCAGGACAGGGGGAGUCCCCUCACAGCUGCUGGUGCAUGGAGCCCUGGCCUUCCCUCUGGGGCUGGAUGCCUCACUCAACUGCUUUUUGGCAGCUGCUCGCUAUGGCCGGGGCCGUGUGGUCCUGGCUGCCCACGAGUGCCUGCUCUGUGCUCCCAAGAUGGGGUCCUUCUUGCUCAAUGCGGUGCACUGGCUGGCCAGAGGCCAGACAGGCAAAGUUGGGGUGAACACAAAUCUAAAAGAUCUGUGUCCCCUCCUAUCGGAACAUGGCCUGCAAUGCAGCCUGGAGCCUCAUCUGAACAGCAACUUGUGUGUCUACUGCUGCAAGGCGUACAGUGACAAGGAGGCAAAGCAGCUGCAGGAGUUUGUGGCCGAGGGUGGGGGGCUGCUGAUUGGGGGCCAGGCCUGGUGGUGGGCCUCCCAGAACCCUGGCCACUGCCCCUUGGCUGGCUUCCCUGGUAACGUCAUCCUCAACUGCUUUGGCCUCAGCAUCCUGCCUCAGACUCUCAAAGCAGGCUGUUUCCCCAUUCCCACCCCUGAGAUGAGAAGCUACCACUUCCGCAAGGCGCUCUCUGAAUUCCAGGCUAUCCUGAACCACGAAAAUGGGAACUUGGAAAAGAGCUGUCUGGCAAAGUUGAGAGUUGAUGGUGCAGCCUUCCUGCAGAUUCCUGCGGCGGGGAUCCCUGCUUACAUAUCCCUGCACAGGCUCCUGAGGAAGAUGCUACGAGGGUCGGGCCUCCCAGCUGUGAGCCGGGAAAAUCCAGUUGCCAGUGACUCCUAUGAGGCUGCCAUGCUCUCCCUGGCCACUGGGCUGGCUCACUCUGGAACUGACUGCUCCCAGCUGGCCCAGGGGCUUGGCAUCUGGACCUGCUCCUCUAGUUUGUACCCCUCAAAACACCCCAUCACUGUGGAGAUUGACGGAAUCAACCCAGGCAACAGUGAUUGCUGGGUAAGUACCGGGCUCUACCUCCUGGAAGGACAAAAUGCGGAAGUCUCACUGUCUGAAGUUGCUGCCUCUGCUGGCCUACGGGUACAGAUUGGCUGCCACACCGAUGACCUAACCAAGGCCAGGAAGCUAUCUCGAGCCCCCGUGGUGACUCAUCAAUGCUGUAUGGACAGGACUGAACGGUCAGUCUCCUGCCUCUGGGGCGGCCUCCUCUACGUCAUCGUGCCCAAGGGCAGCCAACUAGGUCCUGUGUCUGUCACUAUCAGGGGGGCUGUGCCUGCCCCAUACUAUAAGCUGGGUAAGACAUCACUAGAAGAGUGGAAGAGGCAGAUGCAGGAGGACCCGGCUCCCUGGGGAGAGCUGGCCACAGACAACAUCAUCCUGACAGUGCCAACCACAAACCUCCAAGCCCUGAAGGACCCUGAGCCUGUGCUCCGCCUCUGGGAUGAGAUGAUGGAGGCUGUGGCCAGGCUGGCGGCUGAGCCCUUCCCUCUCCGCCGUCCCGAGAGGAUUGUGGCUGAUGUGCAGAUCUCAGCUGGCUGGAUGCAUUCAGGAUACCCCAUCAUGUGCCACCUGGAGUCUGUGAAGGAGAUCAUCAACGAGAUGGACAUGAGAAGCAGGGGUGUGUGGGGCCCCAUCCAUGAGCUGGGCCACAACCAACAGCGGCAUGGAUGGGAGUUCCCCCCGCACACUACUGAGGCCACCUGCAACCUUUGGUCAGUCUACGUGCAUGAAACAGUCCUAGGGAUCCCCAGGGCUCAGGCCCACGAGGCUCUGAGCCCUCCAGAGCGAGAGAAGAGAAUCAAGGCCCACCUGGGAAAGGGAGCCCCUCUGUGUGACUGGAAUGUGUGGACAGCCCUGGAAACAUAUCUACAGCUCCAGGAGGCCUUCGGGUGGGAGCCAUUCACCCAGCUCUUUGCUGAGUACCAGACCCUCUCUCAUUUCCCCAAAGACAACACUGGCAGGAUGAACCUAUGGGUAAAGAAGUUCUCUGAGAAAGUGAAGAAGAACCUGGUUCCCUUCUUUGAGGCCUGGGGCUGGCCUGUCCAGAAGGAGGUGGCUGACAGCCUGGCCUCCCUACCAGAGUGGCAGGAAAACCCCAUGCAAGUAUACCUCCAUGCCAAGGAGUGAAGGAUGCCCCGCAAGGCGGGAGAGAAAAAGCAGGGUCACACCGGCAACUCCACCACGAGGCUUUGGCCAUGUGUGCUCAGUAUCUGGAGCCUGGAUCCUGCUUCCAAGCCUGACCACUAGAUGGUGGCCAAGGUCGUAAGAAAAAAUGGAACCCCUUUCUGAAAAAGGUGCCUUCUGCUUCUUUUUAUUGUUUUUCUGCUUACACUAUUGCUUUCCCCAAGAGACUCACCUCACCUCUUAGUCUCCCGGAGAGGAUCUUUCAUCCUGCCAUCCUGAGGCUUCUAUUUUUGACCAAUAGGCUCUAAAGACCAUGGGUUCCCAUAACAACCUGAUAUCCCAUUCUCAUCCCUGCCGUCCCUGGACACGGCUUCUAAUUUAUUAUGCUUUAAGAAGUUUUCAUAUAGCAAGCGAGACACACUGGAAUAGUGGAGAGAGCCCUAAACCGGCUUUGGUUCUAUGGAAAAUCACUUCACCUCACUGUGUUUCUGUCUCACAUCCAUGACAUGAGCAUACAAAUCUUUUCCUCGCACAGCUGUUGUUUGAUAAUGGUGAACAUGUUUGUGCACCACCACAUGCAGAGACAUUACGUGUCUAUAAGGGUAUUCCUGAGAUUUCUCCUGGUCCCAUAGUGGACUGUUACGGUGUUCAGUCUUGCGUGCACAUUCUGGGCACUGAAUCUCUCUUCAGUGUUGACCCCCUUGGCAUUAGCAUUCAGUCCUUGUAUAUUUAGAGAAUAUCAGUGUUUUCCCAGACAUGGUAAUAAUGGUAGUUGUCAGCAGUAUCCUAGCUCUUUCUCUAUUUAUUCUCCCACUUCUGGAAUGAUUCUCGGGUAUAACCUAACCCAAAGAAAAAUGCCAUGUGCUCAAACUGAGGGCUGUGAGGUUGGGUCUUUGGGGUUAGCUCCAUCUCCCAGGGUUUGCCCUUUGCCCUUCAACCAAAGGACAAAGUCAUGUUAACAGCUGCUACUAAGUCUACAUGCCUAUUUGUUCAUGCCACAAAACAGGCAUCUGUCGCCACGGUAUCAAGGCACUGUCAGUGGUGGGGCCUCCACAGGCACAGUGGGCUUCACUCUGGAACAGGAUUACUGGGUGCAGCAGACGCAAUCCUCACUUCAUCAACCCACACCCCAGCAUCCCCUGAACUUUCUCUUAAUCUCAUUCUAGCCCAUCAUGACUCUUCGGUUGGGGGGGGUUCUCACUGGAGAUUUGUCUCUGGGAUUCAUGGGUGUAUGCCUAGCUACUUUCUCUAGUUUACUUUUAGACCAUAUUAUUGUUUGUUUUGAGUAUCAUUCCUUAGGCUUUGUGGAGAGUAGAGUGACUUCCCACGAGGAGAACUAAUUUAGGGCAUGUCUUUUGCUGAAUCCCAUCAGUAUAUCCUUCCCAAUUCUAGAUAAUUUCUUUUUAUUUCUCUAGUACCCUUUGCCAGGGGCUUUAUACAUGAAAGGUGUUCAUGAAAUAUUUGUCAAAGGGAAGAACAGUAAUGACACGUAACACAUAAUGAGUGAUUAGUAUGUUCCAGGCAUUAUGUGAGCUAUUUACUGUGAGUAAUUUCAUGUUAUCUUCCCAGCAGACCUCUGAGGUAGGUACUAGUAUCAUCCCCAUUUCAUAGAUGAGGAAACUGACACUAAGGGACAUAAAAUAAGUUUUUUGAAGUCACAAAGUGAAUAAGAGGCAGAGCCAGGGCUUAAUUGAAGUCCAUAGCAAUGAAAACAUUGUGAAACUCAUUCUUCAUGAAUGGUUUACAAUUUAAACAAAAUGUCACCUAGAAAAUAGAUGAAAAUAUGUUCAACAGAGUCUGGAUUUUUCCAAUGUUUACUACUGAAUUUUCAGUCAGUAACAGAUUGAACUUCCAGAAAGGUGUUGGUAUCUGAUUUUCUACCUGCCUCAGAAUGUGAUUUGUCUGCCUCUGGGUAAUCCAGCCUUGGGUAGAGAAGGAAUUUGAAACCAGGAAAUUAAACUCCAGAACUGGUGUUCUUUUUUUUUUUUUUUUUUUUUUUUUUCCUUUAAGUUCUGGGAUACAUGUGCAGAACGUGCAGGUUUGUUACAUGGGUAUACAUACGCCAUGGUGGUUUGCUGCACCUAUCAAUCUAUCAUCUGGAUUUUAAGCUCUGCAUGCAUCAGGUAUUUGUCUUAAUGCUCUCCCUCCCAUUGCCCCCAACCUCCCGACAGGCCCCAGUGUGGUGUUCCCCUCCCUGUGUCCAUGUGUUCUCAUUUUUCAUCUCCCACUUAUGAGUGAGAAUACGUGGUAUUUGCUUUUCUGUUCCUGUGUUCGUUUGCUGAGAUUUAUGGCUUCCGUCUUCAUCCAUGUCCCUGCAAAGGACAUGAACUCAUUCUUUUUCAUGGCUGCAUAGUAUUCAAUUGUAUAUAUGUGCCAUAUUUUCUUUAUCCAGUCUAUCAUUGGUGGGCAUUUGGGUUGGUUCCAAGUCUUUGCUAUUGUAAAUAAUGCUGCAAUAAACAUAUGUGUGCAUCUG